AUGUAUUCCCGCGACCAAUUCAUGAACCCCGGUCCCGCGCCGCGACCGCCCCCACGCCUCAAUCUCACACCCAACACCAGCAGCACUCUGCCAGGGAACAUGGCCGGGCUUAGCAUGCAGUCGCCCGCCUUUAACAACGGCUCACAGAUGUCGUUGGUCCGCACACAGACGGACCGCAGCGUGUCUUCCACGGCUACCGUCAAGGAAGGCAUGGUCAAGGUCAAGGAUGAAGGUCUUUUCAAGGCUUUCGCCUGGUCAGACCGAUGGCUCGUGCUGCGCGAAUUCGAGCUGAACUUUUUCAAGAGCGCCAACGCGUCCAAGGUGUCACAGUCUAUCCAGCUGCGGGAUAUUCUGGGUGUCGAGCGAUCGGACACACAACCGUUGUCUUUCGAGAUCACACGCUCAUUGAACCCAAGCAAAGGAUCCUCGCCCCCUCGUGACGGGCCGACCAAGAUCAUAACAUGCAAGGUCGAGACGGAUGACGAGGUAUACUCGUGGAUCGACAGCAUCUACCAGCGUUGCCCCAGCAUGGGCGGUGUCAGUAACCCGACUAACUUCACACAUCGAGUCCACGUCGGCUUUGAUCCCAACAGCGGAGCCUUCGUUGGAUUGCCAGUGGAGUGGGAAAAACUUCUCACGGCUUCCGCGCUCACUAAGGAUGACUACGCGAAGAAUCCCAAAGCUGUCCUCGAGGUGCUUGAAUUCUACACUGAAAAGCUCGUGAAGCGAUCCGAGGACCCACAACAGUACCCCAGUCUCACUCCGACUCCAUCAACUGGUGCGGGCAUGGAGAAGCAGCUCGGCUAUGGCGGUAGCGGCAAUUCAGUCGCGCCUCCGCGGCCCGCACCGCCUGGUGCUUACCAGCGCAAGGACAGCUACAGUCAGCAGGGUCGCCAGAACACUCCUCCUUCCGGAUAUUCUAGUGCUCAGAAUGGCGCAUCACAGCAGGAUCGCUAUGAGCAGGAUCGCAGGCGGCAAGAGGAGAACGCCCGUCAGCAACGUGAACGCGAGAUGCAGAGACAGAGGCAGGAGUUUGAGCGACGGGAGCGCGAAGAACUAGCGGCCUACAAUGCCUCGCUACCACAGAAGAAGGUGCCAAUCGCACAGCAAGAGGUUGGCGGUGGUGUUGCGUACGACACGCGUGACCAGAGUCCAUCAGGUCAGCGCUACAACCCGAGUCGACCAGCUCCGUCUACUCCAGGCUCCCAGAGAACCCAGCAGCAACAGCCCCCGGGCUCGCUUCGCCAGAUGGCAUCGCAACGUCCUGCCCCACCUGCACCAAGCCAGCAGAAUGGAGCAUACGGUGCAGCGCCUCAAUCGAAGCCUCCAUCUACACAGCCGCAGAGGCCGCCUGUUAACCCAAGCUCUAGCUACCAGAAUUCCAGUAACCAGGUUCCUCAAGCUCGCCAAGCGAACGGUCAGACACAGCAAAAGCAGUACCAAGGCUCAUCUGCUGCGCCGAAGCCUCUUAACGUGGCAAAGCCUGCCGGUGCUCCUGUCAAUGAUGCUGUCAAGAAAGCCGAGCAAGCUCUUACUAGUAAGCCAAAAGAGGAGCCCCAACGCAAGGAUGUGCGCAUGUCGAGCAUGUCCGAAAGCGAGGUCAUGGCCAAGCUCCGCGAAGUCGUCUCCAAGGACAAGCCUCUUGAGUCGUACAACAAGCAGAAGAAGAUCGGUCAGGGUGCUAGUGGUUCCGUUUAUGUUGCCCGCAUCCGCGAAGGUGCAACUUCAGCAAUGGCAAAGAGGAUCCUUCAAGAGAACGGACCCCGCGCACAAGUUGCCAUCAAGCAGAUGGAUCUUCGCAACCAGCCGCGCAAGGAGCUAAUUGUCAACGAGAUCAUCGUCAUGAAGGACAGCAAGCAUCCCAACAUUGUCAACUUUCUAGACGCUUUCUUGCAGGAAGAGCAGUCGGAGUUGUGGGUAGUUAUGGAGUUCAUGGAGGGUGGAGCGUUGACUGAUGUCAUUGACAACAACCCGUCUAUCAGUGAAGACCAGAUUGCGACCAUCUGUUUCGAGACCUGUAAAGGACUUGAGCAUCUGCAUAACCAGAACAUCAUCCACCGAGACAUCAAGAGUGACAAUGUCCUCCUCGACGGUCGUGGCAACGUCAAGAUCACCGAUUUUGGUUUCUGCGCCAAGCUCACUGAACAACGCAGCAAGCGCGCCACCAUGGUCGGCACCCCAUACUGGAUGGCACCUGAGGUCGUCAAGCAGAAGGAGUAUGGCAACAAGGUCGAUAUCUGGUCCCUUGGUAUCAUGGCUAUCGAGAUGAUUGAGUCCGAGCCUCCUUACCUGAACGAAGAGCCACUCAAGGCCCUUUACCUGAUUGCGACCAACGGUACCCCGCGCCUCAAGAAGCCAGAUAAGCUGUCCAAGGAACUCAAGGCUUUCCUCUCGGUCUGCCUAUGCGUGGAUGUCAAGUCGCGAGCGAGCGCCUCCGAGCUGAUGACACACGACUUCCUCAAGAGCGGAUGCAGCUUGAACAGUCUCUCUCAACUGCUCAACUUCCGAAAGAACGGCAGCCACUAA